GACAAGGAUAAAAUUUGUUUCUUUUUUUUUAGAAUAAUAAUAAAAAUUAGGGGGAACGUUAUCGUGACGGUGCAGACAUGAGGCUGGAAGUGUUUAUGAUUAUUUGUGCGUUAUUAUGUGUUAAUGGAGAAGAGAAAAAGGAAAAAUCAUGGAAGGAUAAGGAUAUUAGGGAUAUGACAGAUGCUGAUAUGGAGAGGCUGUUGGAUCAGUGGGAGGAGAACGAGGAACCGUUGGAGGAUGACGAGCUGCCGGAACACCUGCGUCCCGCACCGCAGAUAGAUUUUUCCCAGAUUGACCCAUCAAACCCUGACAGUCUCCUGCGAAUCUCUAAGCAGGGGAAGAACGUUAUGAUGUUCGUGGACGUUCGAGACGAACUUUCAGAGACUGAAGCCGAAACUAUCAUGAAAAUUUGGCAGGGGAGUUUGCAAAAUAAUCACAUUGUUGCAGAGAGGUAUCCAAUCGAGCCCAAACGCUCGAUAUUCAUGUUUCGAGAGGGAUCACAGGCAGUGGAUGCGAAAAAUUAUUUAAUAGAACAACCGGAAUUGAAGCACGUCACUCUCGAGGGCAAUAACUUCCCGGGGAAGCAUGUCGACGAGGAAUACAAAAGUGAAGACAAGAAAAAAUCAACAAAAGUUGAGUUAUAACUAGAGGUUAUGACACAAGUUGAAGGCUGUGUCAGCAAAAUUCAUGUGACUUUAUUGUUCUUUCUGCCAAUACACGAAAUAAUUUUUUUAUUUCUUUCAAUG